UAGUGCAUUCGGCAAACUUGGCGAUAUGAGUCUAAGUGUAAUUCUAGGAUUCAAUUAACCAAGGCGAAUUUCUUUAACAAAACUGGCUCCUGGGGAUUUAUAUUCUUCAGUUGUGCUCGUUUAGUUGAAACGAAAGGUCGAAAAAAGCAACGAAUAUAAACAUGGCGAAAGUUUGCAUGAUUAUCUUGGUUCUUUUGGUAGCUACAAGCGUUGUUAUGGGUCUCGACAAUAACUGCCCAUUAUCAAGUAAGAUGACCUCAUGCUCUCCCAAAUGCAAGGACGAUUCCGAAUGCUUUGGUAGAAAAUGCUGUCCAAACGUUUGCAAUGCUAAAUCCUGCGUACCCGAGCAUUUACGCGAUUCCAACAAAUCUGACGGCUAUAAAAAUCAAAACGCCAAAUCUGCUACAGGAAGCUACUGUGGUAAUGUGAAAUGUAAUGCAUAUGAAAAAUGCGAAAUUGACAAAUCUACCAAGAGACAACGCUGUAUGAGACAAUAAACAAAUAGAUUUUAGAGAUAAAAUAGAUAUUUUAUUUAACAAAAAAGGAAAUUUUAUUGUGUGGUUAUUCACAAUGUAUCACAAUAUAUUUUUGGAAAAUAAAAUUAUGUAAAAUUAUA